AUGAACAACAACAACAACAACUAUAAAAAUAAUUACAAUAUCAUGAAUUUAAAUAAUUCCAGAAAUAAAAAAACUCAAUAAAAGAUAUUUAGGUAUAAAGAGGAAUUGAAUUUUAUUAUUUGGAAGAAAAAAAUCAAAAGCUAAUAUAAUUACGAAAUUUAGACUUUGGUGAUUUUGGGGAUUAUCAAUUAUUAGGUUUCUAUUUUGAAGAUUCAAUUUCAGCUUGUAGUUUAUCAAACUUUAAAUGAAGAGCAAAUAUUAGUUUAUCCACUUAUAAAGCAGUUUGAAUUAAUUGAAAAGCAGUUAAAUCUUAGCAAAUCGUAAGAGUAAGAAUAGAUAAAAAAAACUACUCAUGCAAAGAUAGAAGGAUACGCUUUGCUUCUAAAUAAAAUAUAACCACAUAACCAAGUUUUUUAGAAUCAAUAAAGACCUGAAAUCAAAAUAAAUUAUUCCAAUUAAGCCUUAACAAUUAAUCAAAAAUUAUUAUAAAAUAAUUAAUCCUAAUUAAGAUUUGUUGGAUUUGAGAAUCAGUAAUCAGGUAAGAGAUUAUUGGCUAGUAAGUGUACUGAAGGAUGUAAAAACUGUAUAGGAAAAUUUUGUGUUGCAGGUUAGUGUAAAUAAGGCUAUUAUUAUAAUAAUAAUAUCUUAAAUAUUUAAUGCCUGAAUUGUGAUUAAAGUUGCUUAGAAUGUAAUGGAGCUGGAAAUAGUAAAUGCACCUCUUGUAGAGAUAAUUUUUAAUUAUAAAAUGGUUAAUGUAUUUCAUGUAAAAUAAAUAAUGGUGAGUUUUAUGACUCAAGUAAGAAAAAAUGCCAACCAUGCUCUCCUAACUGCUUAGCUUGCUCUGAUCAAAAUACUUGCACACAAUGUGCCAAUAAUUUUCAACUAACUGGCAAAAUAUGUUCUUAGGCAUGCGAUAAAAUAGAUUAGUUUUAGGAUAAAACAAGUUAAUGUAAGUAAUGUCAUCCCUCUUGUUAAACUUGUGUUAACGCUGCUACAAUCUGCACAUCAUGCCAUACUAAUUUUUAUUUAAAUACUCUGAGCUAAACAUGUUAAAGUUAAUGUGAUUAGCCUGGGUUUUUCAUUUAGUAAAAUAACUGUAUUCCUUGUGAUUCUUCAUGCCUAACUUGCACAGGAACAUCUACGAAUUGCACUUCAUGCUAACCUGAUUUAUUUUUAAAUGUUUUAUAAUCUACUUGCUCACCCAAAUGUCCUGAAAAUGGUUUUUAUAUUUCAGGUUAAAGCUGUAUGCCAUGUGACCCUUCAUGUGCUACUUGUUCAGGACCACUUUAAACUUAGUGUAAUUCUUGCUAAUCAAAUUUUUUUUUAUCUGGUGAUGAUAAAAUUUGUAAAGCUUGUCCAAAUUCAUCAAUUGAUCCCUCAAUCAUAGCUUAAAAAAUGUAAAAUUGCUCUUAAAUUACUCAAAAAUGUUUGCUUAAUUCUUAGACAAAUAAAUAUGAAUUAACAGCCAUAUGUAAUUAGUGCUAAAGUCCUCAAGUAUUAUCUAAUAAUAAUUGUGUUUAAACAUGCUCAGAAGUAGCCUAAGACUAUUCUUAUAACUAAUUUCUAGGAUAAUGCUAGUGUAUACCAUCUAGCCCAUUCUAACACAAUUUAUAGAAUGAUAAUAUAUUAUGUAGUAGCUUUUAGUUAUCUGGGUAUUACUGUGAUUAAAAUAAAAUAUGUAAUCCUUGCUUAUAGUCUAAAUGUUAAAUCUGUUCUAAUCAGUAAGUUUGCACUACUUGUGAGUAAAGUUAUUACCUGUGGUAGAAUAAUUGUAUAAAUGCUUGCGAAUCUGACUUAGGUUUAGAAGUUUCAUAGUCAAAUAAGGAAUGCAUUUGUAAACCAAACUACAUAUUUUAUGCUUAGAAAUAAAUUUGUAUUUUAGAGUUAUAAAUUAGCUCAAUUAAACUGACUAAAGAUUCAUAAUAUAAUAUUAUAACUGUUGUUUUCAAUAGAGCUCCUUAUCCGGAUGAAUUAAAAACAAUGAGCUUGAAAAUUGAUCCUAAUAAGUUAAUUCCAAAUACAGACUACACAAUAGUCUCUUAAUAGUAAAACGAUAAAAACUUAAUUUUUUAAGUCUCAACAAAUUAAAAUAUCAAAAUAAGCUAAAUAGUUAUCAAUUAUAAUAGUAAAUAAGCUAUUUAUAAAGUUUAAAAUACAAUUCUUACAUCUGAGGAAGCCAAUUAGCAUCUAUAAAGUUAACAAAGUACAAUGAAUAGCAUGAAUAGUUUGGGUCAAACUUUAAGUCCAUAAGAAGGUACUGCAUAGUCUAUAGUUAACAUCCUUAAAAAUUUUUAAAUAAUAUGUUUGUUGUCUAAUUUUGUUUAACUUUUAGGUCCUCUAAUUGUUUUCAAAGAUUAUCUACCACAACCUCUAUAUGUUGGAGCUCUGUUGGGAGCAUCUUUCAUUUUCACUGAAAUUCCAAAUUCUGAUGAACUAAGUGCAAAUCUAAUUGAUUCUAAUAAUAAUAGCUCAGAACAAAACAGCUAAUAAUCUUUACUUGAGCAUCUAGGAUUUAGUGAAAAUAUUUACUCAAAUUUACCUAUUCCUCAUUUGCUUCUUAUAGUUUGUGUUGUAAUAAGUUUAAUUUGCUUAUUUGCAAGAUGGAUUAUGAAAGGUAAGCAAUACACUAUGACAAUAUACUCUUCAUAAAGAUUUGUUGCUAUAUUGCAUAUAUCAAAAAUAAUAUACCAAAUUUUAUGCUUAACUUGA